AUGCCUGAGAAUAUCGCGCCCGAGCCGGACGAAAAGGAGCCCAACGACCUCCGCAUCACAUUUCACGAUGCUUCGCAUCCUUCAGGCCGAGCUGGUCGCAGCAACGCCUUCGAUCGCGACCAGACGCGCUCAUUGUCUCGAAAGAGGUCCCUGAGCCGUAACUCGGCCACCAGCCGUCGCGACCUGCCCUCCUCGCCCUACUCUGGAGUCCAGAUUGAAUACCGCACCUUGUCCAUUCACGUUUCCGAGUCUCGCAAUCUCAUGCAGCAGCUCAACGUCUCUCAAGAGACUGGUCUGUCGGAGAGUUCUGCACAACUGAGACUUCAGCGAGAUGGCAAGAACACGCUUCCUCAUCCCAAGACAAACUACCUCAAAAAGAUCCUCUCGUAUGUCUUUGGCGGCUUCUGCUCCGUUCUGUGGGUGGGCGUCGUCAUCUUCUUCAUCUGCUGGCGCCCCCUGAGCAACCCCCCCUCACCGACAAAUUUGGCCCUCGCCAUUCUCGUCAUCAUCGUUAUUGUCCUCCAGGCGAGUUUCUCUGCCUUCCAGGACUGGUCCACCUCGCGUACUAUGAAAUCCAUCACCGAUCUUCUCCCUUCGGAUGCACUGGUGCUGCGUGAUGGCCAGCUGAUGAAGUUGAAGGCUACUGAACUUGUGAGCGGAGAUCUCGUCCAGCUACAAAUUGGUAACAAGGUGCCAGCGGAUAUGCGCAUCAUUGGCCAUUCUGGCGACCUUCGCUUCGACCGUGCCGUCUUGACUGGUGAAUCGGAUGAAAUCGAGGGCUCGGUCGACCAGACUGAUGAAAACUUCCUGGAGAGCCGCAACAUUGCUCUGAUGGGCACCCUUGUCGUCAACGGCAGUGGUGUUGGAGUCGUCGUCCUGACUGGUCCUCGCUCUGUCAUGGGUCGUAUCGCAAAUGCCACUGCCACGGCAGAGGAGAGGCCGACCUUGAUUCAAAGAGAGAUUACGCGCUUCGUUUACAUCAUUGUCGCGUUGACUGUUGUUCUCGCUCUCAUUAUCCUGCUUACCUGGGUUGGAUGGCUGCGAAAGGAUCACUUUGCCUACAUGAACGUCGUGGCCAUGCUCAACAAUGUCAUGGGUUGCGUCGUCGCCUUUAUUCCUGAAGGUAUGCCUGUUGGUGUUGCAUUGACUCUCAUGAUGGUGGCAAGACGUAUGAAGGCUGCAAGCGUCUUGCCCAAGGGCCUUUCUACCGUCGAAACGCUGGGUUGUGUCAAUGUCAUUUGCUCUGAUAAGACGGGUACCCUGACGCAGAAUCAAAUGCAUGUCAACUCUGUUGCCUUUGUCGACGAGCCAAUUGCUAUUCAAGAAGCGUAUGCCAAUCUCUCCAGCGACAAUGUUGAUGCCGGAGUGAAGAUGCUUCUCCAAGCCGCUACUCUUUGCAACGAUGCUACGUUUGAACCAUCCACUCUGCAUCUCCCUGUUGCAUCUCGAACCAUCCAAGGCAAUGCUACAGAUGGUGCCGUUCUUAGAUUCUCCGCCGAUGCUCCCGUAAGGAACGAGAAAGCAGAGCAACCUACCAAGGUCUUCCAGAUCCCCUUCAACUCCAAGAACAAGUGGAUGCUCACCAUGUACAAAAUGCCCUCGGAAAAUCAAGCUCUUAACGAAUUCAAAGUCUUCGUCAAAGGUGCUCCUGACGUCCUCCUGCCCACCUGCACAGCCUACUGGUCUCGCAAAUCAAAGUGUGUCAUGCCUCUUGACGCAACUGCAAAGACUGCUUUUAAGGAAUACCAGGAUAAGCUGUCCAAGAACGCCGAACGUGUCAUUGUCCUCUGUAUGAAAAACAUGACUAUUCAGGAUGCCAUGGGUACCAAUGCCUUCAGCGACGAAGUCACUAGCCGUGCCACAGAUGACCUUACAGUUGUCGGCAUCCUGGGUAUCACGGAUCCUCCUCGCCCUGAGACCCUGGACACCGUCAGAGAGUGUCGUCGCGCUGGAACAAGAUUCUUCAUGGUUACUGGUGACUACGGACUGACUGCAGCUGCCAUUGCGCGCAACGUUGGAAUCUUCACCGGUGAACGAGACCCUGAUACCGUUGCCACCAUCAAGGCCAACAACGAUGCCGAGACCGUGAAGAAACUGAACGAUGCUCGUGUGGCUGGAGAAUGCCGUAGCCUCCUUCUCGAGGGACACAGUCUUGGAGGCCUUGAUGAUGAGGAUUGGAGCGUCAUCUGCGAAUACCAGGAGAUUGUCUUUGCUCGUACGACGCCGGAGCAGAAGCUUCGUAUUGUGGAAGAAUUCCGCAAGAGAGACAAUGUUGUGGCUGUUACUGGUGAUGGAGUCAAUGAUGCACCGGCUCUUCGUGCUGCAGAUGUUGGUGUUGCUAUUGUUUCGGGUAGUGAUGUUGCCAUUGAGGCAGCUGAUCUCGUCUUGCUGGAUCGCUUCGACUCCAUCAUUGAGGCUAUCCGUCUCGGUCGCCUUGUCUUCCAGAAUCUGCAAAAGGUCAUUGCGUAUCUUCUCCCCGCUGGUAGUUGGUCUGAGAUCUGGCCCGUCCUUCUCAACGUCUUCUUUGGCGUUCCUUUGCCGCUCAGCUCCUUCCUCAUGAUCAUAAUUUGCGUCUUUACUGAUCUGUUCUUGUCGCUGUCUCUCAUCAUGGAGAAGGAAGAGUUUGAUCUCCUUUCGCUUCCUCCUCGCAAUCACAAGAAGGACCAUCUCAUCAACUUCAAGAUUUAUGGUCAGGCAUACCUCUUCAUUGGUGUGGCUGAGACUAUCUGCGCCCACUCCAUGUUCUUUUUGUACAUGUGGAAGAAGGCUGGCAUUCCCAUCAACCAGCUCUUCUUCCUUUUCGAGGGAUACACCGAGGGCUUCCACGGCUACACUCAGGAUCAACUCAAUGAAUUCAACUACACUGGCCAGUGUGUUUACUUCGUCACCCUUGUCAUUCUACAAUGGGGCAAUAUCCUGUCUGUACGCAAUCGCCGCCUCAGUAUCGUCCAGGCUGAUCCCUUCACCAAGAAGCGCCGCAACCCUUGGCUGCUGCUUAGUAUGCUCAUCAGUCUUGCCAUUGCCAUUUUCGUCACCGAGGUUCCAGGCAUUCAGACAUUGUUCCUCACGGCAUCGGUUCCUAUUGAGUUUUGGUUUCUCCCUAUUCCUCUGGCCUUGGGUAUUUUGGCCUUGGAUGAGUUUCGCAAGUUGCUUGUUCGAUUGUUCCCUAAUGGCCCUGUUGCAAAGGUGGCGUGGUAG